AUGACACAAGUAACAAAACUUAGUAAAUUACAUUAUUACUCUGAUGGAGAUAUCAUAAUAAUAGUGGGUAAAACAAAAUUUUUAUUACACAAAACAAUAAUCGGUCUUGCUUCAAAAGUAUUCCAAGACAUGUUUUCGUGUGCAUCACCAUUUACAAAUGAAAUUCCGGAAAUAACAUUAGAAGAUGAAUCACCGAUAAUAUUUGAAGAGCUUAUAUCAUACAUAUAUCCAGAUACAUAUGUAUGCAUAAAUUGGAAUAAUGUAAGUGAAUUUUUAAGGAUAGCGGAUAAAUAUAUAAUGGAAUCGAUUUUAAUGGCAUCGAAAGCAUUUCUUGAGCGAGAGUUUCGAAAAAAUCCAUUACCAACAUUAAGAAUGGCAGAACAACAUGGGUUUAAAGAAAUUUACAAAGAAUCUUCUAAAUUAAUUUUAGAGAGAUUUCCGGAAUUCAAAAGAUCACAGACAUUUAAUCAACUUUCAGUAGCAACACGCACGGCAUUGACUACAAAAUAUGAUGAAUAUACAAACGCAUUAAGUAAAUUAAGUAAAAUUGAAUUCACAACUGGAUAUUCACAUUGUAAGGAAUGUAAAUCAGAAUCAGAUCAUAAUAAAGAGAUUAGUGAAAAAUUUGAGAGUAGAGUAAGACAAGUUCAAAUUCUUCCAUUACCAUUACCUCCAACCCAACCUUCUAUUACUAGAAAGAUUUUAUUCGAAGCCAUUGGGAAUAAUAUGUGUGAUAAACGAUUUAUGGACUCUCAGCUUCCUAGGAAGUUUAAAAAAACAUUUUGGGAGGUUUGA